AUGGAAACGCUAAAAAAACAAGCCAACAAAGCUUUCAGAAGAGAGGAGUAUGAAAAAGCUUUGACUUUAUACACUAAAGCGUUAGAUUUAAUUAGGGAUAGCGUCGUUCUAUACAACAAUAGGGCUCUAACAUACAUAAAACUAAAAUUAUACGAAAAAGCUUUACCAGAUUUAAACUGGGCUUUGCGACUGAACGAGGAUUGUUUAAAGUCUUGGUUACUUCUGGCUAAAGCCAAUUUUUACCUUGAAAACCUGACAGAGUUUGACAAGGCCAUUAAGGAGGCUAUGGAGAGAAACCCUAAUCAUAAGGAUUACAUAAACGAGUUUGUGGACGAUUUGAAGAUGAAAAAUGAUUAA